AUGGAGGUUUUAAGCUUUUGUUUCAUCUCCCUAGCCACGGCAGUCCUCCUUUGGUUUGUCAAGCUGAAAGCCAGUCCCGGCGACGAAAAGAAACUCAAGAAGCAGCAUCCCCCUGGGCCAUGGACCCUUCCGAUUAUCGGCAGCCUCCACCACCUCAUCGGUGGUCUCCCGCACCACAAGAUUACGGAACUGUCUCGCCGGCAUGGCCCGGUGAUGUUCCUCAAGUUGGGGGAGGUCCCAAACGUGGUGGUCUCGAGCGCCGAGGCGGCGGAGCUGGUGAUGAAGACAAAGGACCUGACGUUCGCGACUCGGCCAAGCAGCAUGACGCUCGACAUCGUCGGCUGCGGCGGCAAGGGGAUCGUCCUUGCCCCCUACGGCGACCACUGGCGCCAGAUGCGCAAGCUGUGCAUCGUUGAGCUCCUCAACGCCCGGCAGGUCAAGCGCGUGGCGUCCAUCAGGGCGGAGGAGGUGGCUCGCCUCCUCCGCUCCGUCGCCGCCGCCGCUUCCGCCGCCAUGGUCUUCAACCUCAGUAAGGAGAUGGCGGUGCUGUCCAAUGACAUCGUGAUGCGAGCGGUGUUCGGUGGCAAGUGCACGCAGCAGAGCGAGUACCUCCACCAGCUAGAGGAAAUGAUCCGGCUCCUCGGAGGUUUCGUCCCGGCCGAUCUUUUCCCGUCGUCGCGCCUGGUCCGGUGGCUGACCUCGGACGAGCGAGACCUGAAGAGUUACUACGGCGGCAUGCAGUGCAUCAUCGGCGACAUCAUUGAGGAGCGAAAGGCUAAGCGCGGUGCCGACCGUGCCUGCGGCAUUGACGAUGAGGACUUUCUCGACGUGCUUCUCAGGCUGCAGGAGGAGGACUCGCUGGCAUUCCCUCUAACUUCGGAGACUAUGGGCGUCGUCAUGACAGACAUGUUUGGAGCCGGCAGCGAGACCACUUCUAACACUUUGGCUUGGGCUAUGUCAGAGCUCUUGAGAAGCCCUAAAUCAAUGGUGAAGGCACAGCUAGAGGUUCGGAAAGCGCUAGGACAAGAACGGGCUAUCAUCACUAACACUGACCUUGGUGAACUCCAAUACUUGCGGAUGGUCAUCAAGGAGGUCUUAAGGUUGCAUCCCUCUAGUCCUCUACUCAUCCCCCGAGAGGCUAGAGAAGAUUGUGAAAUCAUGGGUUACAACAUUUCAAAAGGUACCAAAAUACAUGUUAACGUCUUUGCAAUUGCUAGGGAUCCUAAAUACUGGGACAAUCCCGAAGCUUUCAAACCAGAGAGAUUUGAGAACAACGAUGUGGAUUAUAAGGGAACAAACUUUGAGUUCACUCCCUUCGGUGCUGGGCGACGACUAUGUCCUGGGAUGUUGUUUGGCACGUCAACCUUGGAGAUCGCAUUAGCAAACCUUUUGUACCAUUUCGAUUGGGUGCUCCCUGACGGGGCCAGCCCGAAGUCCAUAGAUAUGUCUGAGAAGUUUGGGUUGGCCGUGGGUAGAAAGCAUGACUUGAAGGUCAUAGCUAUUCCAAGGACGUGCGCUGUCUUCUAA